UCCCACACACAAAACCCAUCUUCUCCUUUGUAAUAAACUCUCUGUCUCUCUGCCAAACGUGUCACUUAGCUACCUCUCUUUAGUUUUCUUACUGCCUACAAGAAAAUAGAAACAAAAGAACACACACCAUGCCUGAGGCUCCAAAAAGUCCAUUCAAACCCUUGGACUACAAUCUCGCGGAGAAGAACAAGAAGGUUCUUCAGUUCAUUGAAGAUGUCACUGCCAACGCUGAUGAAGUUCAGAAGCGUGUUCUUGCCGAAAUUCUGUCUCGCAAUGCUAGCGUUGAGUACUUGCAGAAACACGGCCUCAACUCCCACACUGACAGGGAGACAUUCAAAAAAAUCAUGCCUGUCAUCACCUACGAAGAUAUCCAACCGGAUAUCAACCGUAUUGCCAAUGGUGACACUUCUCCAAUCCUCUGCUCAAACCCCAUUUCUGAGUUCUUGACAAGCUCUGGGACAUCUGGUGGAGAGAGAAAAUUGAUGCCAACAAUCGAAGAAGAGCUAAAGAGGAGGACACUGCUGUAUAGCCUAUUGAUGCCUGUGAUGAGCCAAUCUGUUCCUGGCUUAGACAAAGGCAAAGGAAUGUACUUUCUGUUCGUAAAAUCAGAGGCCAAGACACCUGGAGGUCUUUUGGCUCGCCCCGUUCUCACUAGCUAUUACAAAAGCUCCCACUUCAAAGAAAGGCCAUAUGACCCUUAUACAAACUACACCAGCCCAAACCAAACCAUCCUCUGUCCUGACUCCUACCAAAGCAUGUAUUCACAGCUUCUUUGCGGCCUCUACCAAAACAAGGAAGUCCUCCGUGUCGGUGCCGUCUUUGCCUCCGGCUUCAUUCGCGCAAUCCGGUUCCUCGAGAAGCAUUGGACCUCUCUCUGCAACGAUAUUCGAAACGGAACCAUUAACCCCCAAAUCACCGACCCUUUGGUCCGAGACGCGGUAAUGAAGAUCCUCAAACCUGAUCCGAAGCUGGCAGAUUUCAUUGAGGUCGAGUGUAGCAAAGAUUCUUGGCAAGGAAUUAUAACGAGGUUGUGGCCCAACACCAAGUAUGUGGAUGUUAUUGUCACGGGGACCAUGUCACAGUACAUCCCAACUCUUGAUCGUUACAGCAAUGGCCUCCCACUUGUUUGUACCAUGUAUGCAUCUUCUGAAUGCUACUUUGGUGUCAACCUUAAUCCUCUUUGCAAGCCUAGCGAAGUCUCGUACACCCUCAUUCCCACCAUGUGCUAUUAUGAAUUCCUGCCUGUCCACAGAAACAACGGCGUUACUAACUCCCCCUCCGUCCCCAUAUCUCUCAGUGAAAAAGAACAGCAGGAAUUGGUUGAUCUUGUUGAUGUCAGGCUUGGCCAAGAAUAUGAACUUGUUGUUACAACUUAUUCUGGACUUUACCGUUAUAGAGUUGGAGAUGUUCUCCGAGUGGCCGGAUUCAAGAACAAGGCACCCCAGUUCAACUUCAUAUGCAGGAAAAACGUGGUGCUCAGCAUUGAUUCCGACAAGACUGAUGAAGUUGAGCUGCAAAAUGCAGUACAGAAUGCUGUGAACCAUUUGAUACCGUUUGAUGCAACUCUGGCGGAGUACACGAGCUAUGCAGAUACUUCAACAAUCCCAGGCCACUAUGUGCUAAUCUGGGAGCUUAGCCUCAAGGGGUCAACGCCAAUUCCACCAUCGGUGUUUGAAGACUGCUGCUUGACCAUUGAAGAGUCUCUCAACAGCGUUUACCGUCAAGGCCGCGUCUCCGACAAGUCAAUUGGACCGCUAGAGAUCAAGAUUGUGUCCCCGGGGACCUUCGAUAAGCUCAUGGACUAUGCCAUUAGCUUAGGGGCGUCGAUAAACCAGUACAAGACGCCGAGGUGUGUGAAAUUUGCACCCAUCGUUGAGCUCUUGAACUCGAGGGUUGUGUCAACCUACUUCAGUCCAAAGUGUCCCAAAUGGGUGCCGGGACACACGCAAUGGAACAAUCAGGAUUGAAGGAAAUGGUGAGGGGAGUGUGGAGAUGUAGUCUUGGUAGGUUUCGUGGAGGUUCACAAGAACUGUUUUUGUGAUCGUCUUAGGGAAAAGUUUAAUUAUCCUUUUUAGGUUAACCCCAUCUUUUUCUAUUUUCCUUUUUUCUUGGAUAUUUUAGUCGUUGUCUAAUAUGCAUAGAGACUUUGAUUUAGUCCGUGUACAAAAACGGUUCCUGUUUCAAGGAGAGCCUCUCUCAUUUCUCUAUUAAUUCCAGUUGUUUAGGUGUUGUUUCUUGCAAAAAUCAUCACGUUUUGUGGGAA